GCGGAAGCGUGAACGCGUGUCUGAGCAACGGGUUGUGCAAGCUUGAGGAUACGUCGAAUAACACGGGUAUCGCGUACGCGAGAGGGACGUGUUCGGAUCCGACGUGGCAGAGUCCAAUUUGUCCGCAGCAUUGCGUGUUGAGUAAGUCUUCUACGAAUCCUUUCCGAGGCCACAGGGGAACAGUUGGUCAUGGGAGAACCAUGGACCGAGACUGGCGAAUCUGAGAUGGAGGGGUGUUUUGAUUGAGGAAGGAACAGGAGUACUAACAUGAAGACAACAGACCCCGACACAAGAAAGAACAACACGGCAUACGACUUCAGAUUCAACGGUGUCCAGGUAUGGCAAUGUGAUAGCCAAGGCUUCGGCGUACCGGGCAAAUUCUGCUGCGAAUCCGCCGCCGAGAAGACGAGAUGCUGCUCCACGCCGCCCGCCAUCUUCGGGCCCCUCAUCGCCGCGACACCCGGCAACGCCGUCGCCGUGCAGACCCUCAACACGGGCGCCAAAUCCACGCCCACGCCCUCGGGGUCGGGACGCGCCGGCGUCACGGGCGGAAGCAAUUACCCCUCGCAGCAGACGCCCGAGAUGACGGCCGUGCCGACGAUGACGAGCAAGAUCCCCGCCACGCCUGGUGGGGCAGAGGCCAGUCAGCCGACGGGGGAUACGAAUACCGGAAGCAGUGGAGACAGCGGGCAGAAGGGCAUCGGGAGUGUGGCUGUCGUGGGACUGGGUGUCGGCGCGAGCGUGGGUGGCGCGCUGCUCGUGGCGGUGGGCGUGAUGUGGUACCUCCGCAAGGAGAGGUCUCGUCGGGGACCCGUGGAGCUCGAUGGGUCGAGUAUCAAUGGCGGGUACGGCGGUGGCAGCGGGGCGAGCGAUCUGUCGAGGUCGAAUACCGGACAUACCGGGCGGAUCGCGUACGGGGGGAUGAAUAUUCACAAUAUGAAUCACAACGGGGGCACAGGGACGAUUAGCUCCAUGGGGACAGGGACGUAUAACAUGUCGGCGACGCCUGGGAUGGUGACUGUGAGGAGGGCGAGUAGUGAGUGGGAUGGGAGUCCCGGCGGGUUGGGCGGGAAUUAUCAGAUGGCGGAGAUUGAUGGUAAGGAGGCGAUUAUGGUUGCGGAGCCGCAAGGGAGGAAGAAGAGUCUCUAUGAGCUGCCGUAGCCAGGUCGUCUUUCGGGGUAUGAGAUGAAGAUGAAGUGGGUGAAAGACAAGAGAGAAAGUUCUUUAGAAUAGAGCUUUGCCGUAAGACAAGCCAUACAGAGACGGAGUUUGUACAAAAAAGACAGGAGGGACGGGAUGGUGUAUGGUGGCGUGAUACCUGGACACUUUUGAUAGCGGGGUGUUUCUGUUCUUACUUCCCCUUUUCUUUCUAGUUUACGGCUC